UACAGUUGAAAUUCCUAUAUGCGUUUCUUUUUUGGGAGAGUAUAUGUUACCACUAUAUAAAUGGCAUUGUGUUAUAAUAUAUAAUUCAUAUCUCAAACAGCCGAUCCUUAAAGAUAGUCAGAGGAUCACUUUGUCAGUGAUUGGUUGGUGCAUUCAGCCAAUUAACAUGUUUACAACGCAACCGAGCGUGUAGGCAAUACUGGUGUCAUACCCCCAAUUAACACAUUGAGCUGUUAAUAUUCUGCCGUUCACUAACUACAGAGAACUAUUCUAGAAACUUGCAAUAUGAGGAUGGUUGUGUGGGAAUUUGUUCAUCUAGCUCUUGCCAUCACCAUGACUUACAGCUCAGUUUUACAGUCAUGUGGCAUUCUGACAUUUAACCAUCAUGGAAGUUUGGAUGGACAAAUGUUCAAUGACACCUUCAUCACUGAACGCAGUGUUUCUGACAAACCUGCAUGCUUGUGGUGGUGUUUCCAUGAUCUGCAGUGCAACAUGGUACUGCACAAUCCAGCGUCUCAACGUUGCCGGUUGUACUAUUCAUCCGUCAUCACUGGGGGUGAACAAGAGGCAGGCUGGCAGUAUUAUACAGUUGCCUGCAGCGACUUCCGGAUCCUGAAUGCCCUCUCGGUGAUGAGGAACCAGACCCACGAGGAUGUCAGCUGCUCCAACGGAUUCACCUAUCUACCGACCACAUCAGGCAAAUGUUUCCAUGACAACGUACCAUUUGACAUAGGACGGUGCAUGCAGACCCUCUGGAUUGACCCGGUGCGAGUAUUCAGGACGCCUCUCCCUGCUGCCCUGUCCAGUGGUGCGGAGAUUAUCGUGGAGGCAGCCGCAGAUGGGGUCAACUUCCCUUCAAUAUAUCUGUUAGCAAGGGAUGAGAGUAAAGUGGUCUUUGUUCUGACUGCUCGUUGGUCGCCCUAUACCGCCAUCUACAAUACUGCUGGGGCGUCCUUAACAUGGGGAGCUGAAGUGAGGUCUUCCAACCCCGUGCUCACUCCACACGUGACGUCAGUCCUAUACAUCAAGAUGACAGAGACUCAGUUCCUGAUAUCCGACGAUGACGAAAGUCUGCUCGAAGUUCCGGGAAGGUUCCCUCUGCAAGAGGCCGUAACACUUCAAGUUGACUUCACUGUCAUAAAACGAGUGCAGAUCAAAUAUCCAUAACUUAAAAAUACACACAAAAAAUACUAUCAUCAGCAUAACUGAUAACUUGACAUUUAUAAAUUUCGACAAUUUGUUUUUCUGUUUAAUCAAACAUAUAUACAAUUAUAUUAAACAGCAGUAUACAGUGUGAAUGCUUUAAUUUCUGGAAUGGUUGUUGCGUAGCCCCGACCUCAAUCCCAUCGAACACAUCUGGGAAGAGCUAGCUCGACGUGUUCGUCAGCAAAUGAAUAUCACCACAGACAUUUUCAACGUCACGUCUUCCUCGGGAUGUGUUUACUAAGAUCCAUGAGAAGACGUUGUGAGGCUGUAAGAGACGCUAGAGGAGGCCACAACCCUUACUGAAGACCUCAGUCGAAUUGUUCUCCACGCUGUGAACUUCCUGUUGGAGGGUACCUUGACAUCAUGAACGUUCUAAGAUCCACGAGGAGACGUUGUGUGACUGUAAGAGACGCUAGAGGAGGCCACAACCCUUCUGAAGACCUCAGUCGAAUUGUUCUCCACGCUGUGAACUUCCUUUUGGAGGGUACCUUGACAUCAUGAACGUUGUCGUUGUUAAAGAGUUUCAGGGAGACAAGUAUUUUGUUUUCCUUUGAUGUCAACAUAUUCUAUGCACAGCAUACAACUAAAAUUAUUGUGUUAAAUCUAAUAUUAAAAACCUAGUCGAAUAAAUGCCGAGUGUCAAUUUUUCA